AUGAAGUUAUCGCCAGAAAAGGUGCGAGAGCUUCAGGCCUCGACGGCCAAUGUGAGGAACAUCUGCAUCUUGGCCCAUGUGGACCACGGCAAAACCUCUCUCAGUGAUAGUCUCCUAGCAACCAACGGGAUUAUCUCGCAAAGAAUGGCAGGAAAAGUGCGCUAUUUGGACUCAAGAGAAGACGAGCAGCUUCGAGGCAUCACAAUGGAGCUGCUGGCGAUUUCUUUAUACUUUAAAGUGAUGCGCAAGAAAGAAGGAAGCGACGAAGCGGACGUGAAGGAGCACUUGAUCAACUUGAUCGAUUCACCUGGCCACAUUGACUUUUCCCUGGAAGUCUCCACUGCUUCUCGUUUGUGCGACGGUGCCGUGGUGCUAGUUGAUGUGGUGGAGGGCGUCUGUUCGCAAACUGUCAAUGUACUAAGGCAGUGCUGGGUGGAUCGGUUGAAACCACUUUUGGUGAUCAACAAGAUUGAUAGGUUGGUCACUGAAUGGCGCUUUCUGCCCUUGGAGGCGUACCAGCAUAUUCUGCGUAUUGUAGAGCAAGUGAACUCGGUGAUCGGCUCCUUCUACGCUGGCGACAGAAUGGAGGACGAUAUGAAAUGGAGAGAAGCCGGGGCUAUGGGCGAGUACGUGGAGAAAUCGGAUCUGGAUCUUUACUUCUCGCCAGAAAACAACAACGUUAUUUUUGCCUCAGCUAUUGACGGUUGGGCGUUCUCCAUCAACACUUUUGCUCGCAUAUAUCUGGCCAAAUUAGGCUUUUCCCACGCUGCAUUGUCCAAGACACUCUGGGGCGAUUUCUACUUGGAUAUGAAGAAUAAAAAGAUCAUUCCCGGGUCAAAGUUGAAGCCCUCGCAGUCGUCGCUCAAACCUUUGUUUGUCUCGCUUGUGUUGGAACAGAUCUGGAAUAUUUACGAUGCAUGUUACUUGAACAGGGACGACGAGAAACUCGAAAAAAUCACUUCGAAAUUGGGCUCCAAACUCUCCCCUCGUGACUUGCGGUCUACAGAUCACAAGGCGUUGUUGAACCUAAUUAUGUCCCAGUGGAUCCCCUUGAGCCACGCUAUACUAGGUGCUGUCAUUGAGUAUUUGCCCAAUCCUACUCAAGCUCAAAGCGAACGAAUCGAGAAGAUAUUGAAUGAAUACGUGUAUAGUGCGCUUCCUGAAACUCCACAUGAGGAAUUGUUGGACUCUUCAUUCAAGAAAUCGUUGGAAACCUGUGACUCCUCCAACCCAGAUUCUCACACUUUAGCGUACAUUUCGAAGAUGCUCUCAAUUCCAAAUGCUGAGCUCCCUAAAGAAGCAACGAUCGGACCUAGCGCUGAGGAGCUCCAAGAGAGAAGUCGAAAGGCUCGUGAAAAUGCAAAGAAGGCUUCAGAAGCCGCCGCUGCGUUGGCAGAUGCUCGUUUGGAGCAAGAAGGUGAUGGUGAAAUCUACUUGGAAACAAAACCAGAUCAGUUCCAGUGGGAGUUCGAAGAAGAUCCAGACGAAGAAGAGGAAAAUGAAGUUGAAAAAGAGACCUUGGUUGCAUUUACCCGUGUUUACUCAGGAGCUUUGUCUCGUGGCCAGCGAGUCUGUGUUGUUGGACCCAAGUACGAUCCAUCAUUAGGAAAAAAUCAUCCAACCAACAUUGAGCAGCUUCAUGAAGACAUAGAGCUUCAAGAUUUGCUUUUAAUUAUGGGCCGUGAGUUUGUGCGAGUGGAUACUGUUCCCGCUGGAAAUAUUGUGGGUAUUGUUGGUUUGGGCGAUUUGGUUCUUAAAAACGCAACCAUCAUGUGUGAGGUGCCUGAGGACAAGCCGUACUUGAACUUUGCCUCCACCACCACGUUGAUUCACAACAAGCCUAUUAUGAGGGUGGCGAUUGAACCUGAUAAUCUCCUUAAGCUACACAAGCUAGAGAAAGGUUUGGAUUUGCUCACCAAAGCUGACCCCGUUUUAGAGUGGUACAUUGACGAUGACUCCGGUGAACUCAUUGUUUGUGUUGCCGGUGAGUUACAUUUGGAGAGAUGUCUCAAGGACCUCGAGACCCGUUUUGCCCCAGGCUGCGAGGUGGUGGUAAAGGAGCCAGUGAUACCGUUCAGGGAGGGAUUGAACGUGGAUGCCAAACCCACAAUCACAAAGGAGGACCUAGAAGAAGGGGAUGGUGAGGAGGAAGAGGUUGACGAAAACGAGGUGGAUUUGCAGAUUGAUGUUUUUCCCUUGCCUGACAACAUUACGAGCUUUCUUAUCAAGCAUGAGCACGAGAUCAAGGAUUUGGUCAACUCCAAGUUCACAAGUUCUACUGAGGAGUUUGAGGUUAAGGUUACUCCUUUCCAUGAUAAACUUAUCGAAGUCAUCGAAGACGUGGGGCUCCAUCGUGAAGUGCUCGACAUCUUUGACUCAGCCACCGUCUUCGUGAACCACAUCAUUAACUUUGGGCCAAAAAGAGUUGGGCCGAACAUCUUCGUGGAAGCCCCAAGCAACGGCCAACAGUUCCGGAGGGCCUUAGUGACAGAGAAGGAGGAUGCCACGAGAUUCAAGUUUGAGUCCAACGUUUUAGCGGGCUUCCAGUUGGCAAUGCACGAAGGUCCUCUUUGCUCUGAGCCAGUGCAAGGUACCAUUGUUGUUCUUCAGAGAUCAUUUAGACCAGAAACAGAAGAGGUCUUGCUUAACUUGAGCGGACGAAUCUUGAAGCAGACGAAGCAGCUCAUCCACAAGGGAUUCCUACUUAAUGCUCCACGUCUUUUCCUCGCAAUGUACACAUGUGAGAUCCAAGCUUCACCCGAGGUACUAGGAAAAGUGUACGUUGUCAUUCAAAAGAGAGGUGGUUCGAUCAUCUCUGAGGAAAUGAAAGAAGGUACCCCAUUCUUCACCGUCAAUGCGAGGAUUCCCGUGGUUGAAGCAUUUGGGUUCAGUGAGGAGAUUAGAAAAAGGACGUCAGGUGCUGCCAGUCCGCAGCUUGUGUUUGACGGCUACGACAUGCUCGAUAUAGAUCCUUUCUGGGUGCCCCACACCGAAGAGGAGCUCGAGGAGCUCGGCACAUUUGCCGAGAGAGAGAAUGUGGCAAGGCGCUACAUGAACACCAUCAGAAGAAGAAAGGGUCUCUUCGUUGACGAAAAGGUUGUGCAGAACGCAGAAAAGCAAAGAACCCUCAAAAAGGACUAA